CGGCUCAAUCCGCUGGAGCAUUUCAACGAUUGGGAGUUCCUGGUGCGCUAUCGUUUUACAAAAUCGACAGUCGUAAGCCUCCUGCAGUGCCUGCCGCUGGAAGCAAACGAGAGCAGUCGCGGCCUGCCACUGUCCCCGAUGCUCCAGCUCCUCGUAGCGCUGAGAUUUUAUGGCGCCGGGACUUUUCAAGUAGUCACGGGCGACCUCGUGAACGUGUCGCAGCCGACGGUGUGCCGCGUAAUCGAGCGCGUCUCCCGGGUCCUCGCCGAGACUCUCUUCCCCCGCCUCGUGGAUUUCCCGGAGGGCGACUGCGACGAGGUCAUGCGGGAUUUCUACAACAUCGGGAAGUUCCCCAGUGUGACUGGGUGCAUCGACUGCACCCACGUCAAAAUAAAGGGACCUGGCGGUCCCAAUGGGGAAGUCUUCAGGAACAGGAAGGGGUUCUUCUCCCUCAACGUGCAGGCCAUCACAGGACCCCAGCUGCAGUUUUUUGACAUCGUUGCUAGGUGGCCGGGCUCUGUGCAUGACAGCAGGAUAUUCGACAACAGUCGUGCAAGGGUCCUGUACGAGAAUCGGCGCAUCCCUAGCCUGCUGCUCGGAGAUGCAGGCUAUCCCUGCAUGUCAUUUCUUCUUACGCCCCUGACCAAUCCAGGUGUCGCCAACAGCCCAAAGGGCAGGUACCAAGCAGCCCACCUAAAAACAAGGAACUCGGUCGAACGGGCAUUUGGAGUGUUCAAGCGACGCUUCCCAUGCCUGGACAUGCGGCUGCAGUACAAGGCGGAACGGUCAGCCCUCAUCAUCACCGCCUGUGCUGCACUGCACAACCUGGCCCGGCUGCGAAAAGAGCCAUGCCCACCCGCUCUACCCUCUCCACCAGUCCCCCGACGCCAGAGGCGGCUGCGUCCUCAUGUACUGCCAUCACCUCCAGACCCUGUCGACACAAUCAACGGCUCGCUGAAACGCACACAGAUCAUCGCACUGUGUUUCCAAUAAGGAUAUUCAAGCAGAAGCACAUGUUCAUAGUCAAUGACGGGUCAAGAAUAGUGUACAAGCUGGAGAGGAGGAAGCAGACAGAAGCUUGAGGUGGAGAGGAGAAACCUCCUCUCCACUUAAAGCUUCCGUCCUAUUUCUCCUCUCCAGCUUGUACUCCGUUCUUGACCCAUCACUGACUCGUGCAAAUACUCGGACACAAAUCCAGUAGUAAGCUCUCCAAUAAAUGGAUUCUUAAAUCAGAUUCCGGGUAUUCGGUCACUUAAACAUAU